AUGGCUACCACCGAGGAUAUACAACAGGCGCCCUUCGUCAAGCAGCUUGCUGCAAAUGACCGACCAACCCGCGACAAAGCCCUCCUCUCCCUGCGCACCUAUCUCUCAGGCCGACGAACCCUCCCACACAUAGAACUCCUCAAACUCCACAAGGGCCUCUUCUACUCCCUGUGGAUGUGCGAUCGCCCAAUCCCGCAACAAAAACUUGCCACAGCUCUUGCAUCCCUCGUCUCCGUUCUCCCCGCUGAAACAGUAGUUCCGUUUUUGAGAGCGUUCUGGCAGACAAUGCAAAGGGAAUGGAAUUUGGUUGAUGUGCUGCGCAUGGAGAAGUUUUUGCUGUUGGUUAGAAGAUAUCUUUGCGCUUCUUUCGAGGUGCUUAAGGAGAGUGGGUGGGAUGAGGGGAGGAUAGGGGAGGUGCUGGAUGUUAUGGCGGAGGUGCCGCUUAAUGUGGAGGAUAUGCGUAUCCCGAUGGGAUUGAGAUUUCACGUUAUUGAUAUCUAUGUGGAUGAGUUGGAGAGGGCCGGGGCUUUGGGAAAUGACGAGGAAGAGGCUAAGAAUGUGCCGCUGGAUGUGUUGCUUGAGCCAUUGAGGAGGUUAGCGGCGAAAAGUCCGACGAAGACUGUCAGAUCUAAGGCUAAGGAGGCGUUGGCUGAUGAGCGUUUACCUGGAAAUGCAACGAAAGACGAGCUGGAUGGCGAGGACGGGGAGAAGGGGGACGAGAAUGAAGACAAUGAAUGGGGUGGAAUUGAGGAGUGA